UGAGAGCGAGGUGCUUUCUGCGUUCUCCUUUUCUUCGUGAGUUCCCCAGCUGCGGCGGCCGCAUCGAUCUCUAGGGCGAAAAUCCGCUCGAAUCCCCCGGCGAUUUGCGGCUCUCAGGCGUAGGUCGGAGGAUCCGCGCGAAGGAUUCGGCUGCGUGCUGGUGUCGAGAUGGCUGGGCGCAAGGAGACUGCGCUAGACCUUGCGAAGUUCGUCGACAAGGGCGUCCAGGUGAAGCUUACCGGCGGCCGGCAAGUGACAGGGACUUUAAAGGGAUACGACCAGCUCCUCAACUUAGUGCUGGAUGAAGCAGUUGAGUCCGAAAGAGAGCAAGAUGAUCCAUUGAAGCUAUCUGGGAAAACCAGACAGCUUGGUCUCAUUGUGUGCAGGGGCACGGCGGUCAUGCUGGUCUCACCAACUGAUGGAACCGAUGAGAUCGCCAACCCUUUCCUCGCCGAUGGGGCAUAAGCACUGGUCGAUUGUUUAGAACCGUGCUGUCGAAGUACCCUCAGAGCACUCUGUUCCGGUGGAAAAGAACUCCCAUCUCGUGUAUUAUUGUACUUGUUGCUGAUGAACGCUGUAAUUUUCAUUGCACGACUUAAAAUAUCGACCCUCUGUUGCUAAAGUGCUGCUACCAAGUAUCCUUUCUGAAUUCUGAUACUAUUACUGUAAGAUAUUGUGCGCUUGUUUUUGAACGAGAGACACGUAUGGAUGUCA